CCAUUGCCCUCAAGGGACACUUUCACCUUCCUUAAAUCUCACCGCAACAUCCCCCACUUACCCUCAAACCCCAUAAUUUCUCAACUUCAUUGAUUCCCAUUGGAUUACCCAGAAGAUGAGCCCCUCGGAGGGAAUAUGUUUCACCCAAGAGCAAGAAGACCUCGUGGUGAAGUCAUGGGACGUAAUGAAGAAGAAUUCUGCAGAGAUCGCUCUCAAAUUUUUCUUGAAAAUAUUUGAGAUUGCCCCGUCGGCUCAGAACUUGUUCUCCUUCUUGAGAGAUUCAAAAGUCCCUUUGGAGCAAAACCCGAAGCUCAAGCCUCAUGCUGUGAAUGUCUUUGUCAUGACGUGUGAAUCGGCAGUUCAGCUGCGGAAAGCUGGUAAAGUCACAGUAAGAGAAUCCAACUUGAAAAGAUUGGGCGCUGUUCAUUUCAAAAGCGGUGUGGUGGAUGAGCAUUUUGAGGUUGUGAAGUUUGCACUUUUGGAAACCAUAAAAGAAGCAGUAUCAGAAAUGUGGUUACCAGACAUGAAGGAUGCAUGGGGAGUAGCUUAUGAUCAGCUGGCUGCUGCCAUCAAAGCUGAAAUGAAAGCUUCAUCUUCAUCUUAGACUAUCUCUACAGUUUGCAUGGUCAUUUUCCCUCGAGUUCAAAAAGUUUGAUAGGGUGCCACCUUAAUCAGUCCAGGGUUUCCGAAUUUAUGUCAGUGAGCUAGUGUUUUUGGUCGAAGUGUUUUGAAAUAACAAGAAUCACAUCCAAGGAUCUAACAAGAAAUUCAUUGGUUAACAAUGAUCAAUGUGAAAUAAAUUAUUGCUAAAAUAAGAUCAUGAGCUCUUUUUUUUCUUUGAAAUAAGACUUGUUAUUAGUUCUUAUCUACACAUAAGUUUUUUGUCAAAUCUUUAGAUGUUAUUUUUCCUUUGAAAUAUUAUGUUGUAUGAAUAUGCAUUAUCUUAUUAUCUUCUUUAUGUUGGAAAGCUUGCCUUGAACCACUUUAGAAGAUAAUAAGGAUGUAAUUUUUGUUAGUGAUGUGAUGGCUUUCUUUA